UCCAGUCCCAGUCCUCUCCCCCACCCUCCCAUAUAUCUUUGUGUAUAAAUACAACUCUGACUUCAGAAGUUUAUCAGUUUCAUAUAUAAUCAAAAAAUAAGCACCUAAGCUACCAAGAAUUGAAGAAGAGAAAAUCUUUGGAUUUAAUAGCAAUUAUAAAGUGGCUAUGGCGGAUGAAUUUCAAGUUGGUGUAUGUGGAGAAAACAGUUGGUGGAAUUCAACAAAAAAUAUUUUUGGUUUAUCACCUAAUUGUGUCUCUUCAAUUUAUGAUCCUAUUGGACACUUAAUUUCAUGGCCAAUUAGUGAUUUGUUGGACAUGAAAACAAAGUCCAGUGAUGAUUCCACUCUACAAAUAUUGGGUAUUGAUCUUUCUUUACCAUCAUCAACACCUGAUUGGAAUCACUCACCCAAUGAUAAGUUGGACGACACUUAUCUUUCCAUGCUACAAGAAGACCUCAAUUCAAGCCUGAAUUACCAGCAAGAAAAUGCGGUGAAUUGUCCCAAGUUGAAGAGGAACUUUUCUAGCAUAACUGAGGAUUCUUCAACCAACUCUUUUAAUAAACCAAUGAAUCAAGAUUUCCCUUACUACUCAGAAUUGCUGCAAACACUAUUUGAUACUGAUCCUAAUCAACAACCUCAACAAUCUUUUUAUACAAACAACCAGCCAAUCAAUUGUACAUCAUCCACAAAGUAUAAGCAAAAUUUGGAUGAUUUUGCACCUUCUUUGCCUACUCACUUGUUAAAGCCUUCAAGUGAAAUCCUCGCAAAUCUUCCUAACUUAUUCUCUAAGUCUAAUAUUGAAGAAAUCCCAGAGUCGACCUCAAGUUCACUAUCUAAGAAUAGCAGCAAUGAACCAUCAUAUAAACGACCCCGAAUUGAGACACCAUCACCAUUGCCAACUUUUAAGGUCAGAAAAGAGAAAAUGGGGGACCGAAUAACUGCCCUCCAACAAUUGGUUUCACCUUUUGGAAAGACCGAUACAGCUUCAGUUCUCCAAGAAGCUAUUGAGUACAUCAAGUUUCUUCAUGAUCAAGUCAAUGUUUUAAGCAACCCAUAUAUGAAAAAGGGAUCACCCACUCAAUGUCAACAGGUCAAGGAACAAGAAGGAUUAAAACAAGACUUAAGGAGCCAAGGACUGUGUUUAGUACCAAUAUCAAGUACUUUCCCAGCAACAGCUGAAACUACUAUGGAUUUUUGGACACCAAAAGUUGGAGCAACAUUCAAGUAGAGACCAAUCAAAGAGGAGAAGUUCAAAAAAUAUUGUAGAAAUUUAUGAUCAACAAGUGAUUUAAUUUAACCAAUUUAUAAAAUAAUAUUGUGGAGAAGAUUAAGGAUCACACAAUAUUUGUGUCUUGAGCUAGAAAGUUGGGAAAAAACAAAUCAAGGAAAAAGUGAAAGGAAAAGAAGUAACCAUCUAAAGGAAGACAGCCAAAUGCUGGGCCAUCUAAAGGCAGAUCAAUGAUGUGUAGACUAAGGAAAUGAUUAAUUAGAGGAUAAUGUAGAGUUGUAAAAAGAAUAAUAAUGUGGAUUAGGAAUAGGAAUAGGUGCUAAAUUUGGCUGAUGCUUUUUUCUAGAUUAAUUAAUUUAUUAUGUUUCUGGUUUGACGUUUGUUAAGCAAAUAGCACAUUAUUAGGGACUUUUGUUCCUGUUUCUGUAUUUAUUUAGGGUAAUGAGCUAUUGCCAACUUUUUAAUACAAUACUGCAAAUAUCAACGGAA